UUCGCAAGCGGAAUUCCGCGGAAAUAUAAAGAGGAAAACAAAGGCUGCAAACGAGAGAGUACAGAAAACAAAAAAAAACACAAAAAAAAAAUACAAAACACGAAUUAGUUCUAUGUAAAAGUCCGAAAACGAACCGAAAAUUGGACAAGUGUCGCCGGCGGAAAGCAAACCAAAAAAAAAAUUAGUAUAUAAAACAUUCAGGGCAUCUCAGAUGCCGCGAUGACAGAGCCAAUUAGUGCGGCGGUGCAGCGGCGGAGGCAACUGCUCCACAGCGUGGAAAGUUUGCGCGGUCGUGUUCGUCAAGUGCUAAAAUGUGUUAUUAAUCUGCAUAUUGAGUUUUUGGUGCUCGAAUCCGAUGUGGCCGCGCUGCUGGAUGAGGUGCGCGAAUUCAACGACGACCACGCGGAGAUGAGGCGUCUGGACAGGAUGAUCGAGGCUCUGAGGGACUACAGCGGACCGACGAUAUGCCACGAGUGGCCCUAUCCCCUCAUCUUCAAAGGCACAAUCGACGAGGCACACGUCGCACAAAUACUCAACGCCAGCGAACUGGAUCUGGAUGCGAAGUUGGUUAAGAUUUCCAACGGGAGUAACUGCAUCCAUGUGGAAUCCGAUGUGGUCACGGCUCAAAGGCGCUCCAGAUUGCUGUGGUUCUCCAGGAGACGACGGGGCAAACGAGCUGAGUGCUUAAAGGAACCCAAUCCAGUAGUUUAAGCUUAUCUCACAGAUUUAAACUAGUCCGAAAUGUAUCUGAACAAAGUGUUGUAGCCCAAGCUAUAAUCGAUCCGAAAUGCAAUCAAAAUAAUUACAUAAUAGUCGAGUAUAGUAUUUUUAAGAAAGACUGCGUAAAGAAGUCAUUUACCUUAUUAACAGCCAAACUUCUUGUUACUUUACAUUAACAUUAUUUUCACAUCUCUAAGCAUUUACCAUUUAUUGAAGAAGAAAAAGCCAUUUGCCUUGUCUGAAUAUAGUUAAUAACAUUUUCCAUGUAAGUUUAGAACCUUGUGUGUUUAAUAAAGCGAUUUUACUUGACU